UUAAAAUUCGUAAACAGUCCUUAAUAUCUAAUACUAAUCGAAGAGUACAUACUCUACAAUAUACUUAGAUUGAAUUCGUCAUUUCAUUUACACCUUCACAAUGUAUGAACAGGACUCAUCAUCUUUGUCAUCUGGUGGAAAAGAGGGAGGCCUUCAGGAUCACUCUUCUGGUCGAUUCUCUGAGCAACUUAAUCCAAGCAAGCUUGGCGAGAAAGCUCACUUGCGUGACAGCUUCCGGAUGACCCUGAGCUUGAAAGACCAUUUAAAUAAAGAAACUUUACCUUCUCCAGACAAUUACCAUCCUCAUCUUCUAACCAUUGGAUCCCGAGCAACCCUCGACGAGCUACAUCUUGGCGAGGUUGAUGACCAAAAAGAUGAAAACUCUGAAGUGGAAAUCGUUGCUGCUGGUUUCAAAUUUGGUUGGAUUCAAGGAGUUUUAAUCCGAUGCUUACUCAAUAUUUGGGGCGUUAUGCUUUUCCUUCGCCUGUCUUGGGUAGUGGGUCAAGCUGGAAUUCUCCAAGCUAUUUUGAUUGUCCUGCUAGCCACAACUGUUACCAUUAUUACAGCAUUAUCAAUGUCAGCCAUCAGCACAAACGGCCAGAUUAAAGGAGGAGGAACAUAUUAUAUGAUUUCCCGCUCCCUUGGUCCGGAAUUUGGAGGGGCCAUUGGAGUCAUCUUCGCGCUUGCUAAUUCAAUGGGAAUCGCGCUUCACACUGUUGGCUUUUGUGAAGCGCUCAGUGAUAUGCUCGAAGAAUAUUUCGAAGUUCAGAUCAUUGAUGGAGGUCUCAACGAUAUUCGAAUCAUUGGUUCUAUCACACUUGUUGCAUUAGGCGCAAUAGUUGCCAUCGGAAUGGAAUGGGAAGCCAAGGCUCAAUUACUGUUCAUGGGUAUCUUGAUCAUUGCGUUGGCCAAUUUUAUUGUGGGAAGUGGAUUGGGACCUACUUCAGUGGACGAAUUAUCUAAAGGCUUCGUCGGCUACAAUCUUGAGAUUUUAUCCACUAACUUUCAACCCGAUUAUCGCGUCUCAAACGGAUUGCAGCAGAGCUUCUUUACCGUAUUUGCCAUCUUUUUCCCAGCCGCAACUGGCAUUUUGGCUGGCGCUAACAUCUCGGGUGAUUUAAAGAAUCCUUCAGAAGCUAUUCCCAAAGGCACCAUUUUGGCUAUCAUUACCACAUCAUUCUCGUACAUCUUGUUCGCCGUUAUUGCGGGAGCGACUGUACUCCGUGAUGCUACCGGAGACCCAGCUAAUUACACAGUCAACGGAACUGUAAGCGACUACAUGAAAAUCUGUGAAAAUGAAACCUGCGAAUGGGGAUUGCAAAACAGUUACCAAGUGAUGACGCUAGUUUCAGCUUUCGGGCCACUCAAUUACGCCGGAUGCUUCGCCGCAACUCUUAGUUCGGCCCUUGCCUGCUUCGUCUCUGCUCCCAAGAUCUUUCAAGCUUUAUGCAACGAUAACAUUUUUCCUUACAUACAUUUCUUCGGCAAAGGUUACGGCAAAAAUCAAGAGCCUCUACGAGCUUACGCCCUAGCCUUCACAAUCGCCUUGGCCUGUGUUCUUAUAGCUGAUUUAAACACCAUCGCUCCCUUGAUUACCAACUGCUACUUGGCGUCUUACAGUUUGGUUAACUUAUCUACUUUUCACGUCGACCUGUUCAAACCCGUCGGAUGGCGUCCCACCUUUCGUUAUUACAACAAAUGGCUAAGCCUUUUAGGUUUCGGUCUUUCCGUUGCUGCCAUGUUCUUGUGCAGCUGGCCCACGGCUCUUGUGACAUCCGCCUUGGUUUUUACAUUCUUUUUCAUAGUCAAGUAUCGCAAACCAGAUGUCAACUGGGGUUCAUCGACGCAGGUGCAGGUUUACAAAUCGGCACUUAGCAGUGUCCAGCAGUUCAGUACCAUUGACGAACACAUUAAAACAUAUACGCCACAAAUUCUUGUCAUGACCGGAUUGCCAUACAUGCGGCCAUCUCUUGUUGAUUUUGCUUACCUUUUCUGUAAGAAUAAUUCGUUAAUGAUUUGUGGUGACAUCGUCAAGGAGCGACGGAGUCACAAACAACGUACCGAACGGACGCAAAAAUCCUUGCACUGGCUACGAGCUCACAAAACAAAAUCCUUUUAUUCGCUAAUGGAUAAUAUCUCAUUUUCCAAUGGAGUCGGAACCCUGUUGCAGGCCACUGGAAUUGGCAAAAUGAAACCCAACAUUCUUCUACUUGGCUACCAAAGCGAAUGGAAAACCAGCCGAAAUAGUGAAAUUGACGAAUAUUUUACGGCAAUUAACACCGCAUUGGAGAUGCAUAUCGCAGUAACGAUUCUGCGCGUCCAGGAAGGGCUUGAUUACACUGGAAUUAUCAGAGAUUUUGACAUAAACGAUCUCUUCAAGGACAAACAAAACAAUGAAGGAAUUGACAACCCAACAUUCGCAAAUUCACGGGAAAGUGCCGAUAUUGAAACUUUCCCUACGAUUGCUACUGCCGAGAGCGUUGGAUGCGGGGAAAUCAAAGGAGAAGCCAAAUCCCCGUCAUCAACGGAAAGCGCUGGUGAUAAGAAGAAACGGCUGAAGAAAUCGCGAAUAGUUUUUAAGGAUCUACAAGGCAACAAAUUGCCUCAGGAAGUGCAGAACAACAUUUGCCGCUUCCGUAUGAAACAGAAGCGCGGCACCAUCGACGUUUGGUGGCUAUACGAUGACGGUGGACUCUCCAUGCUAUUGCCGUACAUAUUGACGACGCGAUCCAAUUGGGCCAAUUCCAAAUUGCGCGUUUUCUGUCUGGCCGACGAAAAUGAAGAACAACUGACCAAACAGAAAAGUAUGAGACUUUUGUUGGAGAAAUUUCGCAUCCCCGUUUCGGAUGUGGUCGUGAUUCAUGAUAUAACCCAUUCACCCUCCAAACAAACCAAAACCUGGUUCGACAACCUCACGAACGAAUUUGUACGCAAAGAUGACGAUCCAAGCAAUUCGGAUUCCCAUGUUCCACUGAUCUUGGAGUCCGAACUGUUGGCCCAGAAGAACAAAACAUUUAACUUCAUGAGACUCAGAGAGUUACUGUUGCAAUAUUCUUCCGAUGCAAACCUCGUAGUUAUGACACUGCCAAUAUCACAGAAAGGAAUCGUCAGUGGUCCGCUUUACAUGUGCUGGUUGGAAACACUGACUGCCGGCAUGCCACCAUUUCUCCUAGUCCGCGGUAACCACACAUCUGUCCUCACUUUCCAUUCUUAACACCUCAACAUCCAAACAAAAUGUGUUUUGAAUAUUAAAAACAGCAAACAAUAUUUAUCUUCCCAAAAUCAUUCUUUGUCAAUGGGCACAUCAGAAUUCAAAUGAAUUAUUUACUUGUCA